GCUAAUUAAGAUGAGUCCAAUCUAAAAAUGGUUUCCUCGGGCCCACAGAAUUCAAAUUCAUUCGACCUUCAAAAUUCACAAUCGAACUGUUAAACUAGACCCGACCCAAGUUUCAGUGACCGGAAUUCCAGAUCCGUGUCGAAUUGUGAGACGCCCUUUCGGCCCUCGCAUCUCAGCCACGUAGCCUUUUACCUUCUCUAGGCUCGUCACCCUCUAAGCCUCGCCGAAGCUUUUGUCCAACUUCAACUUUUCUACGUCCAUUAUUUUCUCUAUCCAUUUUCUUCCUGAAUUUCUUCCUUGAUUUUAGAGAUUGUUGCAUUUUAAUAUAAGCGGAGAUGGUUUCGACCACUCUAAUCUGAGACAUCAAGCCUUGGAAGAACUUGAAGGCUUAUGUCGAGGAUAUCAAUAAAACUCAUCUUCGUGAUUUGAUGAACGACGAAGAACGAUGCCAAUUGGUGAUGAUGCUGCUUCUCUCGAACAAUAAAUUAACCGAAUGUACAGCGACGAGCAUGUUGGAGCUACUGGAGAACCACUGAAGGAUGUUCUUGCAAUCGGUAUUGGUGGCAGUUUCUUAGGUCCUUUAUUUGUGCAUACUGCUCUCCAAACAGAUCCUGAAGUUGUUGAAUUUGCAAAAGGACACCAACUACGUUUCCUUGCAAAUGUGGAUCCUAUUGAUGUUGCUAGAAAUAUCAUAGGAUUAGACCCUGAAACCACUUGUGUUGUGGUGGUUUCAAAGACUUUUACAACAGCUGAAACUAUGUUGAAAGCUCGAGCAUUAUGGGAAUGGAUUUCAUCUGCCCUUAGCUUGUUGAAGAGUUUGGCAUUGAUCCUAUUAAUGCAUUUGCAUUCUGGGAUUAGUGCUGGGGGAGUGUUGCCUUUAUCUCUGCAGUAUGGUUUCUUAAUAGUAGAAAAGUAUGGUAACUUCUUAUUAUUGUGGCUAUAUUGCAUUUACUCCUCAAAUUUUGAUAACCUAUAAUUUAUGAUUUAUAUCAUCCAUUAGGAGUCCAUAUAUGAUAGGUGAUAGAGAUGUGUGCAAUUUAAAGAACAGCUUCACUAUUCUAAGGAAAUAUGUCACUUCAAAUGUAACAAACAGAACUUAAGAAUGAAGAGGGGCUUUCUGUUUCAAUUUUCUCCAUGGAGUUCAUUUAUCAUGAAAUUCAGUUUACAUGCUGCACUGGGAACUGGUUUAUUUCCCCUUUCUUGACAAAUAGUUAUAGCUGGAAACAAUUUCUUUGUGUAAAUUCAUUUGUAGUCUAGAGGAAAGCAAAAAAUAAGGCAGUUGCUAAUGCACAGAUCUUUAACUUUAAUCAUCAUUGUAUGAGAUCAAAAAAACUAUUGUGAAUACAAUGUCGACUAAGAGUGCAUGAUUUAUAAAAUAUAGAGUUUGAAGUUUCUACUGAGCUCCUAAUCCAUUCUCCAUCUGCAUUGGUAUUGUGAAGAGCCAGCAGCCUGUUUCUUUAUUGAUUGCUAACCUGAAGUUAUAUAUUUUCUUGUUUGUAUUGCAAUAUUGAACUUGAUAUUAAUCUUGAUUAUUAUUAUUGUC